GCGUUUUAGAGUUCUCUCCUAGAAGCCUCAGUGCGUCCGAGUCUGAGUCUGAGUCUGAGUGGACAGCCAUGUCGGGACAGCGGGUGUGCGUGUCGGACUUCGAGGAGGAAGCGAGGAGAGUUCUUCCCAAAGCUGUGUAUGACUACUACCGCUCAGGGGCCGAUGAGCAGAACACGCUGGCUGACAAUGUAGCUGCCUUUAAAAGGUGGUACCUCAUCCCUCGAGUGCUGAGGGACGUGUCCACGGUGGAUCUGUCCGUGUCAGUGCUCGGCCAGAAGCUCAGCAUGCCCAUCUGUGUUGCAGCUACAGCAAUGCAGAGGAUGGCUCAUCCCGAGGGGGAGACGGCUACAGCGAGAGCAUGCAAAGCGGUGGGAACAGGGAUCAAGGAGCAUCAAGGACAUCAAGGACAAAGCAUCAAGGAGUCACAGUUUAACAGUUUAACAUCUUGUGGUUUGGAUGCAGCCGUUAGAUGCAGUGGCAUGAAGACCCAGCCAGAUUCGAUGUCCCAGGACGCCCGCAAGGCUCUGCCUCGAAACCUGGGAACCCCGACUGAUACCCCGCCCAGCACUCUGAUGAUGAACAGCAAAGGUCUCAACCCCAGCCCAAAGAGGGCCAUACGGGACCCCAAAACAGGACGAGCUGUCCAGGAGAGGAACUCGUACGCAGUGAGCGUGUGGAAGAGAGUGAAAGCCAAGCUGGAGGGCAGAGACAUCGAUCCCAACAGGAGGAUGAGUGUCACAGAGCAGGUGGACUUUGUUAUCAAAGAGGCUACCAACAUGGACAACCUGGCCCAGCUGUAUGAGGGUUGGACUGCCUGGGUGUGAACGCUACGCUGCUUCAUGUCUUUGGUCCAGCGAAGGCUUGGAGAGUCCAGCAGGACUGGGGUGUCGGAACAGCAGCACGUCGCCACACUAGGGGGAGGAAAAUGGGAAGCGGAUGCUUAGUCCGCCUUCCCAAACCCCUGGGCUCCCAAACUGGGGCAGCGACCUCGUAGCAUCGCUGCAACCACACUCCCCCCAACCAUCGGCGAUCGGGCUAACAUAAUGCUUCGGGGGCCUGCAGAGCCGCCUUCCUUUUGGGGAUUUGAGUGGGCAAAGCGGCGCCGGGACGGAGAGGGGGGAAGGAGGGCGAAGGCCUCUUCACCCUCGACUUGGAAAAAAUAUCUUCCCCCCUCACCUGCAUAGCUCACUAUCAAGUUGUACCCAUAAACAUCACUCAUCAUCCUGUUGUGCCCAUCAAACUCCACCUGAGGGCAGGAUGAAGCAGGAAGUGAGCUGUGUACCUGAAGCAUACAGCUGAUGCACCGUGGGUGGGACUUUACCAGGGUUAAAGCUCAGAUGGAGGGGGCGUUUACAUGGCCACAUUUGUUUUUCUCUAAUCUUUUCCUCGACGGCGUUGUGAUUCUGAUUGGCCAGUGGGAGAC